AUGUUAGAGUUGAUACUUUUUGCUUCUUUGGUAUCGGCUCUGAUCUCUCAGACCGGCAACUGGUGUGAAGUAGAGCAAGAGCGAAAUUAUGAAGUUGUUGUGAGCCCAAGGCUCGAAGAUUCUGUUCCUUGCUUGGAAUUGUAUCGCUCCGUUCACGACGACUGGCUAUACGAUGAAACGCGUAUGCAGAGUGAGCAUGGAGGUGAAAGAGGUGUACAGGACUAUUUCAAGCGAGAAGGCGCCUUAGCCGAGUGUUUCAUUUAUCGCCCAGAAGUGAAACAGAACGUCGUUCUCCGCGAGCUUGUUUCUGAAUGCUGCGAAGGGUGGAGCGGCGCAAGCUGUCGAACCCCAACGACACUAGGUGAAUGCGUCGCCUCGUCAACUUGUGCUGGCAGCAGCGAAGGGCAAAUAGCUUUUGACGAGUGCUGUUCAAAGGGUGAUGAGUACUCCUGGAUUUCCCUGAAUAGCUCAACUUGUUUUCCGUGCUUGACAGCAAUCGAUACGACCGACGAUAAUGCGAAUUUAGCUGGCUCUAUUGAAAAAGACGAAGCUAUUGGUGUAACAAUUAAAUUUGUCGAUGACUGGAUAAUAAUGGACGCAGCUACUGGUGCCCGUCUUGUAGUUGGCAAGGGAAUCAUUGCUCUCACCGUGGGACCGGAGCAUUUUGACCGCACAAGGGGGCUCUGUGGCGUCCUAAAUGGGAAAAUUGACGAUGACUUGAGCGAUAUUUCCGGAAGACAGGCUGUCCGUGUUGAUAUUUUUGCUGACUCGUGGUCCCUAAGCCAGUGCGAAAACCUUCCCAGAGCUUUGCCUCGAGGAGAGUGUUCCACUUCCGCCAUUGCUGAGGAAUCUGCGAGGCGAAAAUGUCAGAUGCUCUUUAUGAAUCCGUUUAGCGAAUGCCAUCCUCAAGAAGACCCGGCUCCCUGGUUCGAAGCUUGUAUCCGCUCGCAAUGUGCUCUAGAUAGCGAUCCUUUGGCACAAGAUCAUUUCUGCAAUAUACUUGCUGUGUAUGCCCAAGUCUGCGCAAAGUCGCUCCAUCAUGAACUUAUGAAUUGGCGCUCACCAACGAUGUGCCCUACAAAUUGUCCAGCUGGUUUUGUGCACUCUGAGUGCGUGAAUCUUUGUCCUGCUACUUGCUCACAGCCAAAUCCAAAUAAUGAGGAUCAAUAUUGUAAGACAGAUUGCUUAUCUGGAUGCGUUUGUCCAGAAGGAACAGUAGAAUAUGAAGGCCAGUGCAUAAAGCCCAACGAGUGUCCUUGCACCCACCAAAAUCGACUUUAUUCUCCAGGAGAAACUGUAAAUGUGCGAUGCAACACAUGCACGUGUAAUGACGGGGCAUGGUCCUGCACAACUGACAGUUGUGGCGGCGAAUGCACCGUUUUUGGAAGUACUGCUAUCAGUACCUUCGAUCAACUCUUCUUCACGAUGGAACCAAUGUGCACAGGCUAUCACUAUAUACAAACUGAUGACUUGGAAAUAUCGGGGCUCUACACCGGGGACAGACUUUGUGGAACAUUCAGCUGGAAUAAGAAAGACGACUUCACGACUCCUGCUGGGGAUGUUGAAGCGAUUUCUGAUAAUUUUGUCAAUCGCUAUGGCUUCGAAAUUGGCGGAGAAAUAUGUGAACCGGCGCCAAUCGAGAACAAGAUGCCCGAAUCAUGCCUCACGUAUCCCGAAAUGGAGCCCUUUGCUCGAAUGGUGUGUGACGAUCUCUUUAAGAUCUCGCAAGAGUGUCACCUUGAAAUUGAGCUGGAGAAGAUGUUUCUUCACCACUGCGUUGACGUCUACUGUGGUGCAGGAAAACUUGUGGGUAGUACGAGACCGCGUUGGUCGGGGUGCAAAUGUCCCGAAGGCUACGUUCGGCAAGAGGGCCAGUGUAUAGAACCCGAAGAAUGCCCCUGCCUGCACCACGGAAAACACUAUCAGCCAGGAGAAACCAUUACACGCGACUGCAACACAUGUAAAUGCAGUCGCCGUCACUGGGAGUGCACAAAUCUCAAGUGCUCUGCUACAUGCUCCGCCGUCGGCGAUCCUCACUAUCGAACAUUUGACGGCGCCGAAUUUUCCUUCCAUGGCGCGUGUACUUAUAUUUUAACGCAGCAUCUCGAGGGACAGUUUCGAGUCAUGGCCGAGAAUGUUGCUUGUGGAUCAUCAGGUGUUACGUGUACGAAGUCGGUGUACGUCACAAUCGGCCCUAUCCAAGUUCACUUGAUGAGGCACCGAGAAAUAACAGUGAAUAAUAAGGCUAUCCGUAUCCCGAGGAAAUAUGGAAUUUCCGAUAGAUACAAUCAGGCGGUGACGGAAGAGGUCAUAAUUGAUCGUGCUGGAGUAUUCGUUCUCGUCUCCGCUGCUACGAGAGGACUAACUGUUCUGUGGGAUGGCGGAACAAGGGUUUAUGUCCGACUAGAGCCAAUCAACAGGGGUGUUGUAGAAGGACUCUGCGGGGAUUACAAUGGCAUGCUGAUCGAUGAAUAUAAAAGCCAACGCGGAUCCAUAGAAGUUAACCCAACAGAUUUCGCCAACUCUUGGAAACUCUCGCCAUCUUGCCCAAGUGUAACCUCAAUGGGAGUAGUCGAUUACCAAUGUCCACAUGCUGAUCGUCUGGUCUGGUCCCGAGGCGCUUGUAGCGUCAUAAAAUCGCCCGAAUUCGAAGCCUGUCAUGCUCUAGUCCCACCUGAAGACUUCUACGGGCGAUGUGUGUACGAUGCUUGCAGCUGCGACGUUGGUGGAGACUGCGAGUGUCUUUGCACGGCGAUCGCCGAUUACGCGGCUGAAUGCGGGAAAAGAGGCAUUUCCAUCAGAUGGAGAAACAAUGAGCGCUGUCCAAUGCAGUGCGAUGGUGGAAAGCAGUACAGAUCCUGCGGGAAUCCGUGUGCCGAGUCGUGCUCAACGUUGAAUUCGCCAAUGCCGCGCCACUGUGAACUUCUAAGUUGUGUCGAAGGUUGUUUUUGCGACGAUGGAGAAGUGGAGCACAAUGGAGAAUGUAUUCGGAAAGAAGAGUGUCCUUGUUUCUUGCAUGAUGAGAGAGAAGGAGUUUUUCCCCCUGGAACAGUUGUUCAGCACAAUUGUCAAAACUGCACUUGUGAAAAUGGGAAGUUUGAAUGCGUUGGUGAGCACUGCACGAUGGGCGAUGGCGACCACUGUCUCCCGAAUGAACGUGCGUGCAAAAGCGGCCAGUGUUUGCCUGAAUACUGGUUCUGUGAUGGCCAGGAAGAUUGUCUAGAUGGGUCAGACGAGAGAAACUGCGUGCAGACGUGCAAUCAUCUCGAAAAUAGCUGCGCGAAUGGAAUGUGCAUUCCAAAAUCUUUCUUCUGCGAUGGACAUCCAGAUUGUAGUGAUGGUUCAGACGAGAACGAAUGCAACGAAAGUAUGUGCUCAGAAAACCAGUUCCCUUGUGCCUCAGGAAAAUGCAUUUCUGCGGCUUUCUUGUGCGAUGGAGAAUUUGACUGUGGCUUCAACGAUUUUACGGAUGAGCUCGAAUGCGAUCAAGGGGAGGUUCAAAAUAAUCAAUGCUUUUUAAUUAGAAAUAAGAUUAUCUUGUUGAACCUGACAAAAGAAUCAUGCUCCGCAAUAACUAACUUCAAAUGCCAGUCCGACGAUGUAUGCUUAUCACGACAACAGUUUUGCGAUGGCAAUAUAGACUGUCAAGAUGGAAGCGACGAGCAAAACUGUGUUUGUGCCAUCGAUGAGUUUACUUGCGCCAACCAGCUGAAUUGUAUUUCACGAGCAGACCAUGUAUGCAACGGAAUAAGUGACUGCUCUUUUGGCGAAGACGAAGCUGACUGUGGGGACAUCGAAAGCGUAGAUGAAAAAAUCUUCUGUAAUGGGAAAAUCGCAACAAAAUGUGACAACGUCGUCGAAUGUGAGGAUGGUGAAGAUGAAUUCGAUUGUGAUGGACCAGACUCUAGCGAAACUGCACACCCAAAAAAUCCAGAAGAUUGUCUUGACGUAGAAUUUUUCUGCUCUGGAAAAUGCCUGGCUAGGUCUUGGCGGUGCGACGGACAACCUGACUGCGAGGAUGGUUUAGACGAGGUUGAUUGCUUUGAGUGUCCUUCGAAUAUGUUUAAAUGCAACGAUGAGACAUGCAUAACUUACGAUUCGAUUUGCGAUGGCAUUAUGAACUGCGCGAAUGGCGAAGACGAAUCAAUUGAGAAUUGUGGAAGCCCUCCUCCUGAACCAUGUCGCGGAUUCCAAUGUCAAGACUUGGUUUGCAUAAACAUGACGAUGAUUUGCGAUGGAAUCGUCCAAUGUACAGAGGGUGAAGACGAAUCUGCCUGUGGAAACACAACGAUGGAGCCAGAGCGCGAUUGCAGUGGCCUUUGGUGCGAUCUCAAAGAAAGUAACAGAACUGGGUGCUUGAAGAUGAGCUCUAUUUGUGAUGGAGAGGAGCAGUGCCGAGAUGGAAGAGACGAAGCGGUUUGCAGACAAUGGAGUGAAUGGACAAGUUGGAGCGAUUGUUCUGUCGACUGUAAUUCUGGCAAAUCCGUGAGGACGAGAAUUUGCCCUAAUAAAGAAGACAAUGACGAUAUCUUAUUUACCUGUCCUGGACCAUCUAUCCAAGAACGGCCGUGUUUUGAUCCUUGUGAGAAAACUAAUCAGCAAUGGUCUGACUGGUCCACAUGCAGCAGCUCAUGUGGUGGAGGUACAUCCGUUAGAUUUAUACAAUCUGAUGCGAGCCGGCUCCAGUCCACUCGAUGUAACUUAGAGCCUUGUCUUGAUGAAGAUGGAAAUCCAAUCUGCUCUGGCUCACUCACUUAUCAACAAUGCGGUCCGUGCAAAACAAACUGUGGAGAUUCAGAAGAAUGCAAAGAAUGUGGAGCCAGUGGUUGUUACUGUCCCAAAGGAUACGUUUUUGAGAACAACGGGAACAGUACAGGAUGUAUUCAGGAAAGCGAAUGUAAAUGUGAUAUCGAUGGCAAAAUAUACGACCCGGACACUGAGGUUUCCAUUUCGAAUUGUGAGGUUUGCGUCUGCUCUAAUGGAAAGCUUACGCAUUGUAAAAUAAAAAGUCUAUGUGAAGAGCAGGAUUACGACGAGGCGGAAAUGUGUUCGUGGUCUAGCUGGGGCAGCUGGGGGCCCUGCUUCGGUCCGUGCGGAGUCAAUGGAAUUCAAUGGAGUUUCAGAUCCCCUGCGAUCCCAUCUGUUUACGGUAUUGAAGAAAGAUGUCAGGGAGCAUCUAAAAAAUCUCGUAGAUGUAGGACCAAUCAAUGUAGUUUUUGUCAUGAUGCAGAUGGAAAUACAAAGAUGGUGGGCGCUCAAUGGCGGAAUGGAUGCACAGUUUGUCGGUGCACUAGAACAGGAAUUGUACAAUGCAAUAAGUUCUGUGAGUAUCAGCUGGUUUCUAAUGGUUGCCCGGCUAAUACAACUCUACAAAUUCCUGACGAUGAGUGUUGCUUUUGUGCACCAGAGAGUCAGGUGUCGGAUAUAGGCUCGGAGCCUUGCGAAGAGAAUCAAUUUAGGUGCUCAUCAAAUUCUAAAUGCAUAUCUAACGACCAUGUAUGUAACGGGAUUGAAGAGUGCAACGAUGGAUCAGAUGAAUCUUUUUGCGAUGAGUGCUUGAUGACAACUUGGUCGGCGUGGGGUCAGUGUUCGACUUCAUGUGGGAUCGGUGCUCGGUCAAGAACAAGAGCGAUCAGGCUCGAAAAUAAAAAACUGGCGCCGUGUGCAGAUAAAUCUUUUAAAGACAUACAGCAUUGCCAGCUGCGAGCAUGUCCCAUUGAUGGAUAUUAUUCACCUUGGGAGACGUGGAGUUCAUGCGAUCGUCCAUGCAAUGGAGGCCUACGUCAACGAACUCGAACCUGUUAUCAGCCAAAAAAUGGCGGAGAAUCUUGCUCGGGUCCAUCGAUCAAUAUAGAACCAUGUAAUUUGGCACCUUGUGUACCCAUGGAAGGAUGUUUUGGCGACAAAAACUUGUUGACUGCUUCAUGCGAAGAUGUCUGUCCCGCCACUUGCGCUGAAAUCUCUGCGGAAGUAGAUUGCGUACAAAAAUGUCAAAAUUCAGCCGAACUUGUAACUGGCUGCUUUUGCAAAGGAAAUUUACUCCUCCAGGAUGGUGUCUGUGUUCCUAAGUCCCAGUGCAAUUGCCAUCACCAAGGUCGUGCGUACUUGCCAGGAAUUCAUAUAAUUGACGAGUGUAACUGCGUUUGUGAGAAUGGUGAAAUGAUUUGUGAGGAAAACUGUAUUUCAAAUCGAAGAUGCAACUGGGGGUCUUGGUCGACUUGGUCAAUUUGCUUCACAAAUGAUAACAGUUGCAAUCAAACGGGCGUUCGCCAUCGAUUUCGAACUCCUCAAGCUAAAUAUCAGCUAUCAUGCGCUGGUGAGUCCAGUGAAAGCGAGAAAUGUGUCAAUCCCUGUCCUUCUAUCUGGGGAGAAUGGUCCGCUGAAUGCAAUAUCAACACAGAAUCUGACGUUUGUCCCACUGUUGUCCCAGUUCGAAACAGAUCAUGUUCUGGAUUGUCUUGUCAGGUUCCAGCUGACGGCUCUGGAAAAAGACCAGGUUUUAUCCAGGUGAUGGACUGUUGUGGUGUCACGUGUGAAAACGGCAUGGAUUCUUGUGACGAGUGCAAAGUAGCUACCUGUGCCGCUGCACAGAUUCUCGACGACUCUUGCAUUGUUCAUUACAAUUCUACCAAAUUGAUGUCUUCAAAUAGAGACAACGCGAAUUUAAAAGGAUGCCUACACCAAUGCUCCUGUCCGUUCGGGCUUUUCCGGAACGAGGAUGAAUGUGUUCCAAGAGAUCAGUGUUACUGUAUUUUGCCAAAUCUGACGAAGAUUGAUACAGGAACAAGCUUUGAUGAAGGAUGUUUAAAGUGCACUUGCACAGGGGCGUCUUUUCAUUGUGAUAAGAAAGAAAACUGUAUCGACGAAGGUCUUUGGUCAAAAUGGUCAGCUUGGUCAACCUGUUCUUCAACUUGUAUAUCGGAGAAAGUAUACCCUCAGCAAUCACGAUACCGGUCAUGUCGAGCGAAGAAUAGUCAAACAAUCGAAUUUUUCGAACCUUGGUUGAAAAAUCACCAAACAGAAUUUGCCUGUUCUGGUCGAGGGAUUGAGACCGUUCCAUGCGGAAAUAUUCCCGUUUGUGGAGAUGUUUUUGUAUGGAGCGAGUGGAGCAAAUGGUCUGAUUGUCAGUUUUGUAUUCAACGGAGAUCUCGUGGAUGUCUUUUCAAUGGUAAAAUAACAGAAAAUCAAAACUGCGCGAAGGACGAUAACGAAGAGUCAAGAACUUGUCCUUGCACAGCAGAGGAUUGCCCUGCCGAUGCGUAUUUUAUUUCCAAUACAACUGGACUUGUUCUGGAGAAUGCAUACUGUAAUGGUGGGAAAAGAGGUCCCACGACAGACUUUUGCGUCUGCACCGAUGAUAAAAAGAUCAAUCACUUUGGGGAAUGUGUUUCGAAAGAUAUGUGCUCAUGUAAGACAGAUGAAACCGGAAACAUACAAGGUGGCGAUCAUUUCAAAUCGAAACUUGCUGGACAGUGCACAAAAAAUUGCAAAUGCUCCGCAGGAGAGAUUAUGUGCUCCAUCGGUGACUGCGCGGAGUGCAUGUUUGGAGAAUGGUCUACUUGGUCAACAUGCUCAACCUCCUGUGGUGUCGGAAAUCGUGUCCGCUUUCAGAUGCUUAUGUUCCAAACCUCUUCGAAAUGUCCAACAAAUCAUCAUCAAAUUGAGGACUGCUCUAUCGAAUCGUGUGAUAAGAACGCGGGAAUAUCUGCAUGGACAGAAUGGGGUACCUGUUCAAAAACUUGCGGCUCAGGUGCCGUAAGAAACAGAUAUUUGCACGACAAACUCGGAGAGACACAAGAUAUCCAAACAGAAUUUUGCUCAAGCUUGCCAGAAUGUUCUGAAAUGGAUUCGACUGAUAGUCCUUGGCAAUGGUCAGCAUGGUCUGCGUGUUCAAAGACUUGUGGCGGGUAUGGAGUGUCCUACCGUUUCCGUAAUACCAAUGAUACUGGAAACCGUAUAAAACAUUGCACUGGUAUCGACUGUUCUACUAAAAUGUGGACAGACCUGUCGGAUGAAAGACUAUGUGGCUCAGUCGCACCCUGUUUCGAUACGCCUGAAAGCUGCCCUAAUGGAACGCUCUGGAACGAUUGUGGUCGACCUUGUAUGGAAACAUGUGCAAAUAUAGAGACCUGCGAUCAAACAUCAGGAACAUGCAAAGCUGGAUGUUUCUGCAACGAUCCAAAUCAAAUUUUUGACCACGUUAGUAAUUCAUGCGUCGCUGUAUCCUCUUGCCACUGUUUUUCACAAAAGACUGGUGCUAUUCUAUCGCCUGCAGAUAUUGAAAAGCAGGACUGUAAUACAUGUAGAUGUACAUCUGGGCGUCUAUCGUGUACAAUGAAUGAUUGCUCGGUUGUGCAAACAAUCAACAAUUGGUGCGGUUGGAGUGCUUGGAGCACGUGUUCCAGGACAUGUGGCAGCGGAUGGCCUCAAAUCCGAUCAAGAAUAAAUAAAUGUGGAUGUCAUAAAGAAGGCUCGAAUGAAGGAUGUGAUGAUUUUACCGAUCAAUUUGGAAGUGAACUUGUAAAAGUGGAGCAUCAGGACUGUCAUGUUUAUCCAAAAUGCCCAACAGAUGGAAAUUGGGGAUCAUGGGGAUCGUGGAGCACGUGCAACUGUGGGACAUUCCGAAAAUACAAAACCCGUAGUUGUAAUGAUCCUUCCCCAGCUUUGGGUGGUAAGAAAUGUGAAGGCAACUCGCUUAUUUCAGAAAGCUGUGCAGAUCAUGAAUGCGAUGGACAGUGUCCAAGUGGGACUAGCUUUGUUGAGUGCGCUAACUGCGAAACUACGUGCGCUAGUAUUUCCAAAAGUAUUUGUAAUAAUUCGGACUGCAAGAACAGUUGCGCUUGUCCGAGGGGAAAUCUGAUGAAUAGAAAUGGGAAGUGCAUACCACGAUCGCAGUGCGAGUGUUCUGCUACCAUUAAUGGACAAUAUAAAACGAUACCAGCGGGAACGUCAAUUAUGGAUCGCUGUAACAGAUGCACUUGCAGAGCAGGCAGUCAGUGGCGAAGCAGGAUCUGCGUCGGAGCAGAAAACAACGGAGCGGCCUGCCAAGGAGUGAAAACACAACAACGGCAGUGCCGAAGCCAAUGCGAUGCAAAAUGGAGCUCUUGGAGUCAAUGUUCAAACGAAUGUGGAAUUGGCUUCAAGACUCGUAUAAAAGCGAUUCCUGAGUGCUCGAUUAAAAGAAACUGCCCUAAAGAAAGACGGCCGUGUCACGGGGAGCUUUCUGAGUGCCCCAUUCGUUGGAGCAGCUGGUCUUCUUGGACAAAGUGCAUUGGAGGUUGCGGUUCUGAUGGUCAUCAGUUAAGAAGCCGUCAAUGUUCUGGAGAAGAAUGUGACAGCCGCAAUGAUGUAGAAUCAAGGAAAUGCAUAGUAAAAUGCCCGGGCGAGGUCUCUCAAUGGACUGAUUGGAGCAAAUGCUCGAGGGAAUGUGAUUUAGGAGUUCGUUCUCGCGUGCGCUUCUGCUCGAAAGAGUUCUGUCACGAGGUGCUCAAGCAAAUUGAACCAUGUUUUCAUCGUCAUUGCUUUGGACCGGACGGAGAUCGUAAUACAACCGGUGGUGGAGGAGGGCACCUCGGCCCUAUAAGUCCAGAUUCUUGCCCUAAAGAUAUGAUAUUUUCUCCAUGUGUCUCCCUCUGCACAAAACGCACAUGUGCUGACAGUCCUUCUCCAGCGAAACUUUGCGAAGAGUGCAUCCCCGGAUGCGUAUGUCCUGAUGGAUAUCUGGAAUCGAGCAGCGGAAUAUGUAUCCCGGAGAGCAGUUGUGAAUGCACUGACAACUCUGGACGAGAGUGGCAAAAUGGAGCUACCUGGACAAUUCGUUCGGAAUCAAUCUGCGAGACUUGCUCUUGCACCUAUUCGGGCAUAAUAAAUUGCAAAAAGGUCGACUGCGAUGAAUUUGAUGACUGCUCGUAUUCGGACUGGAGUGACUGGUCGAGCUGCAAUAGCACUUGCAUCGGCGACGAGAGUAAAAGAUUCCGAUACAGAGAUCCCAUUUCUGGAAUUUAUUGCUCGAAGACUACGGAAAUGUCUGAUUGCCUACAGAUAGAUACACCUCGCUGCUCAGACAGAUGUGUGGGAGUUGAAGAUGGUGUGUCAUUCAAAACGGAAGAGUGCACCGAGUGCUCUUGCAUAGGAGGAGGCGAGCUUUGUGUCGAUCUUUGCACUCCAACCUGGAGCAUGUGGUCUUCUUGGUCAGAGUGUCCGAUUUGCGGUGGCUCAGAGUCAAUGAAAUCUAGAAAAAGAACAUGUUCGGGAACACUUUGUGAAAAAGGCUCGGAAGAGGAGUUUGAAAAUUGCAAUAUUCCUGAGUGUGAAGCAAACGGUGACUGUUCGGUGACUUCUCAAGUCAGGAAUUUCACACGCGAGGGGUGCAGCGCGCAAAAUGUCGUGAUCAGUUACUGCUCUGGACGGUGCUCUUCGCAAAGGAACCGUUUAAAAACUAGCUAA